AUAAGAGAUUCUAAAUUGAAAUAUGGAUUAAAAUACGGGAGAGAUGUAUUGUCAUUCCAUGCAGUUUAAGAGGCUUGAUUUUCUCCGAACGUUACAUUAACAAAUUACUGCUACUAAAAUCAUACUAGUACAUGAUUAUCAAUUUAUCAUUAUUACUACGAAUAAUUGACCAAUUAAUUUCAAUUUAAUAGUGCCAUGAUUACUCAUAAGUGCUUUCUCGUGAUUAGCAGAUUUAGUGUAUUAAUUACAAAUCUCCAGGCUAAAAGCAUUGUAAGUUGUAAUUCGUAACGUGUUCUCUUCCAUGCAGUUUCCAAUGUUUAUCAUUAUAAUUUUUUUUUAUAAUUAUUAGUAUUAUGGUAUCCGAUGACUUUUUUGUUGAUUAUAAAUAUAAAAUGUUUUUUUUCAUCCAUUAAUUAUUUAUGGAGCAGUCUGGAUGAACUGAAUUUCACAAUUGAAAUGUUAAUUGUGGGAUGUUGAUAUAGUUACAUUCUUUUUUGAAAUUAACUUAAAAUAACAUAAAGUGACAAAGUCAAAUGAUGAUAAUUUUUUACAAGUCUCUUCCCUCUUUUUCAUGGAGUCUAAUCAUUUUAUAGAUCUUUAACAGUUAAUAUUAUCUUUAUAAAUAUAUAAAUUAUUGUGAAAUCAAUAAAUAGAUAAUUUUAUUUCAUUCUCUCUUUGUUGACAAAAAAGUAAUUGCAUUCUCUCUUUAUGUCUGCAUAAUUUUUUGCAUGAUAUCAAAAAAUCAAAUCUAUUAAUUCGUUUUUAUUUUGUUAUUUGAGCUUUUUUUUUUCACAUCCUAAUUCUCCAUUCUAUCUUAACAAAUCACUGUUGAUAUGGUCAAACAAAAGUAAGGUAGAGAAAAACUCGUAGAUCAAGCGUGACAAGUAGUCAACAUAGUCAGUAAACCACAUAGAUAAAAAAAACAGAAUUAAAGAAAAAGAAAAAGAUUUUUUUCUUUUUUUUUCUCUCUUAAAUAACCUUUUUGAAUGCAGACAAAACAGAAGCAGCGAAGGAAGGAACUCUAGUGUAGUUACUUUUUUUGUGUGUGUAUCUUCUUCUCCAAAAAAAAAAAAAGAUCAAGGUUGAUGUCCGUUACUUUAUUAAAAGCAAAGAUUACGAUAUUUACAACGUAUGUUUUUACAGACAGAAAGUAAGUGAGUCAAUAAAAGAGAUACGUAGACAAGUGUUGUUGGGGUCAAAUAGUGACCCUUUUGUUGUAGUUGUGGUUAGCCUUUGUUGGAUUUGGUUUGGACUAUCCUCCUCACGAGAAAAAUCCUCUCAUCUUCCCGCUUCUCUCUCCUUCUUUGAAAUCUCAUCCUUCUUCGUCUUCUUAUUCAACCCUAAGUAGAGAGAGAGAAAGUGCAGACUGUUUAGAAAAUGGAUACACCUCAAAAGACAGUAACCCAGAUCGAGACUCCGGUUUCUAAACUCAAAGUCGAGAACUCUCCAGUGUUCAAUUACAUAAACAGUUUGUCUCCAAUCACAACAGUCAAAUCAAUCUCCAAUGCUCAGACGUUUAGCUCUCUGAGUUUCACAUCUCCUCCUCCUGUGUUCACUACCCCUCAUGUGGCUUCUCACAAAGGAUCUCGUUUCAGAAGUCAUAGUAACUCCUCUGAUCCUUCCAACAAAGUUGUAGAAGAAGCUUUACCUGAAAAGGAACCGCCACAAAUCCUCAAUAAUGACUGCCUUACUACUACUACACCUAGAGUUACCAAUGAUGGUGCUUGUGAAGAUGGUGAAACGGAUCUGCAGAAGAUGUGUGACGACAACGUCAAGCGGAAGAGUGAUACUCCAGAUUGGGAAACUCUGAUCUCUGAUUCUUCUGACAUGUUGAUUUAUGGCUCACCUAAUGAUUCAGAGGCUUUCAGAUGCUUCUUGCAGCGAUCAUCAGACUCCAAAACGCGUUUAUGUAGCGGUUCAAAGCCUGCAUUGGCGCCUGUUUCACAAAGCAAUGAACCUGAGUCCUCUGAUGCUCUUUCGGUCUUGCAUCGUGGCGUGAGAAGACGCUGUCUGGACUUUGAGAUGCCGCGGAACAAUAAUCAAACACCGAGAUGUGUAGUGCCUAGCAUUGGUCUCCAUCUUAACGCUAUUGCAAUGUCUUCUAAGGACAACAACAAUGUUAGUAAAGAAUACUCAUUUACCGGAAACGUUAAAGUUGGUUUGCAAAGUUCUACGACGACUCCUGUUCUUCCCUCUGACGACAUUGUCAGAGAAAAUGAGACCAGGGAAGAAGCUGCAGGUGAAGAAGGCUUAGAAGAGGCUCCAGUGUCUUUAGCUUUGGUAGAAGUGAGUCAAAGCAGCCCCAAGAAGAAAAGAAUGUGCAGGCGCAAGUCUGAGCAAGCAGGAGAAGGAGAGUCAUCAUGUAAACGGUGCAACUGCAAAAAAUCAAAGUGUUUGAAGCUUUACUGUGAAUGCUUUGCUGCUGGAGUGUAUUGCAUAGAGCCAUGUUCAUGCAUAGAUUGCUUCAACAAACCUAUCCAUGAAGACACUGUUUUGGCUACUCGCAAACAGAUUGAAUCUAGAAAUCCCCUUGCAUUUGCUCCUAAAGUCAUCAGAAACUCUGAUUCUACAAUUGAAGUUGGAGAAGAUGCAAGUAAAACUCCGGCCUCUGCGCGACACAAAAGAGGUUGUAACUGCAAGAAAUCAAACUGUCUGAAGAAGUAUUGUGAAUGUUAUCAGAGUGGAGUUGGCUGUUCCAUUAAUUGUAGAUGUGAAGGAUGUAAGAAUGCAUUUGGCAGAAAAGAUGGGUCUUCAUUUGCUGGUAUGGAUACAGAACAAGAUCAAGAAAAUGAAACAUCUGGCAAAAGCGGAACAACAAUACCACUUCCACCUUCAACACCAAUGCCAUUAAGACAACCAUUGGCUCAACUUCCAAUCUCAUCCAACAACAUGCUGCCUUCUCAACAGUCUCAGCAACAUCUGCAUGGAGCUUCCUUGUACAAUAGCCAAUCUUUCAGAAAACAGGACAUGGGUUUGAUGUCUCAGUCAAGGAUUGAGACAAUUGCAGAGGAAAGAGCAGAGGAUAUUGAGAAUUUUAUCCACUCUCCAGUAACCAACAUUAAUGCCUUAUCUCCAAACAGCAAAAGGGUUUCUCUGCCACAUAUGGAUUCAACAGAGACGACUCCUUGGAGAAGAAACGGUGGAAGGAAGCUCUUACUGUCUUCAAUUCCAACUUUUCCUUCCCUCACUCCGCACCACUAAAUUUUUUUUAAUUGAAUAUUUGAAUUGUUUUGAUGUCAACUUCUAGUUGGUCUACACCACAACUGUUUUUGUUUGCGUUUGUGUUUCACCUUGGUUGUGUGUAAUAAGAAUGUUAGUCAACAUAUGCAACCUUUCUAGCGUAAUAUACACACAAUUUGUAGCCAAA